CCCGGGGAAAAUCUGAUGCCAAGGCCGAUCCGCACUAACCGAAUCCGCACAUGCCACCACACUGAGAUUUUGAGCUGCAAGUUCACGUUGGUGACUAGGCCAGGACCAACGCCCGCAAACAAUCUCCAAUCUCCCAACAUUGCCCCUCCCACACCAUAAACGCGCCCACGAGCAGCGCCAGAAUUGUAUUUCAUCCGCAAUUCACAUACUCAGCAACGAAGCGCCCGUCGAAUACCUACUAGUCAGAUCGCGCCCCGCCGCGCGCAACAACCGCAAAGAUGUCCUUGACAAAUUGCCGAUUCUACGAGGAGAAGUUUCCAGAGAUUGAUAGCUUUGUGAUGGUCAAUGUAAAGCAGGUACGAUACUGGCCAUGUAGUAGUAGAGGGAGAGAUAGCUGGAUAGACGCUCAUAAGAGUCACAGAUUGCGGAAAUGGGAGCCUACGUCAAACUCCUCGAAUAUGACAACAUUGACGGCAUGAUCUUACUAUCCGAACUAUCGAGGCGACGUAUCAGAAGUAUCCAGAAGCUCAUUCGAGUUGGGCGAAAUGAGGUCGUGGUCGUUCUGAGAGUAGACAAGGAGAAAGGUGGAGUUUUGACCCCGCUAUCAACCCUUGAUAGCAAACAAAGGCUAAUGCGGGGGGAAUAGGAUAUAUCGAUCUUUCCAAACGAAGAGUUUCGCCUGAGGAUAUCAUCAAGUGUGAGGAGAGAUACAACAAGGGCAAGAUGGUACAUUCGAUUAUGCGACACGUUGCUGAGAAGACACAACACCCCAUCGAGGACCUGUAUGAGCGCAUCGGUUGGCCCUUAAACAAAAAAUAUGGCCAUGCUGUGGAUGCUUUCAAGCUUUCGAUCACGUAGGGACUUUUCGCAUAAUACACUUGGCCCUUGCUGAUGAGUCAUAGAAACCCCGAUGUUUGGCAGGAUAUCUCAUUCCCCAACGAUAUUGUCGCUGACGAAUUUAAAUCGUAUAUCGGAAAGCGCCUUACUCCACAGCCAACAAAGGUUCGCGCGGAUGUGGAAGUGACCUGUUUUGGGUAUGAGGGCAUUGAUGCUGUUAAGACUGCUCUUCGAACUGCAGAAGCCAGAAACACACCCGAUAAUCAAGUCAAAGUCAAGCUUGUCUCGCCACCAUUAUACGUGCUUACGAGUACUUGUUUGGAGAAGUCGGUUGGGAUUGAAACUCUGGAAGCCGCAAUUGUCGAUAUCCGAAAAAACAUCGAGGGUGCUGGAGGGAACUGUAUCGUAAAGAUGGAACCAAAAGCGGUCACCGAAAAUGAUGACGCUGAGUUGCAAGCUUUGAUGGAGAAGCGGGAGAGAGAAAACGCCGAAGUCAGUGGAGACGAAAGUAUGUCCGACUCGGAUGAGAAUGCUGUGGAGGUUGUGUAAGUGGAUUUUAAAGGUUGGGGGUAUCUAAAAAAGCAUUCUGGUAAAA